UUUCUGAUUUUCAAUUUCACACGGACCUCUCAAAUUUUCUUACUUGUGUAAACUGUAAAGUAGGAAAUAGAAAGCAAAAGCACCCUCCCAAAUCCCACCCACCACCAAACAAAUCCAUCAACAAUCAAAACCACUCUCGCUCUCCCUCUCCGGCUCCCCCCAAUUCUCCUCCCUCCCCCCUCAAUUACAGUCUUACAAUAUUACAGAUAGCGUUAAACCGAAGUAAAAGAAAGAAAGAUCAUCAUCACCAUGGGGGUCAGCAACAACAUCACAGCCCUCCUAAACUUUCUGGCACUCCUUUGUUCAAUCCCCAUCAUCGGCGCCGGAAUCUGGCUGGCAUCGAAAGCGGACAAUGAGUGCGUACACUACUUCCGAUGGCCGGUGGUCGUAAUCGGCGUGCUCAUCCUUCUGGUAUCCCUUGCCGGCUUCGUGGGCGCCUACUGGAACCGGCAGGGCCUCCUGGCCUUUUACCUCUUUUGCAUGGCCGUGCUCAUCGUCAUCCUGCUGGUCCUCCUGGUGUUUGCUUUCGUCGUGACAAGGCCGGACGGCAGUUACGACGUAGCUGGGCGGGGCUACAAGGAGUACAGGCUGGACGGAUUCUCGUCGUGGCUCCGAAAUCAAGUCACCAAUUCCGCCAAUUGGAAUAAGAUCCGAACUUGCCUUGCCAACUCCAAUGUCUGCUCCAAGCUCACCCAAGACUACAGCACCGCUGAUCAGUUCUUUGCGGCUCACAUCUCUCCCCUACAGUCAGGAUGCUGUAAGCCUCCGACGCUAUGCCAGUACGGGUACGUGAGCCCAACGAUGUGGAUAAACCCGGUGACACCAGCAACUGACCCGGAUUGCUAUAUGUGGAGCAACGACCAGUCCCAGCUGUGCUACGGAUGCAACUCCUGCAAGGCCGGACUCCUGGGGAAUCUGAGACAGGAAUGGAGGAAGGCUAACGUCAUUCUGAUCGUCGCCGUGGUGGCUCUCGUCUGGGUCUAUCUUAUUGCCUGCAGUGCCUUCAAGAAUGCACAGACCGAAGACCUUUUCCAACGUUAUAAGCAGGGCUGGGCUUAAAAUUUAGAAGUUACACACAGAGUCACCAUCCAUGAUCCACCACGGCCAUGAUCACCCUUUCGUUUUCUUUUAGAAAUAGAAUCUACAAGGCCCACUGGUAUAUAUCAGUGUAUGCAUUCUUCUCUUGUUUCAUAUUUCCAUUGUGCAGAAAAGUUUGUCUAGUUGAGAGAAUGAUGUUUCCAAAUUCCUUGAGAGAAUGAGAUCAGAAUCCCAAAUACCCAAUUUACCAGAUACCCUUGUACACGGUCGGCAAUAAUGGAAUUAGUUUUAGAUUCUGUGGC